UUUGUGUGGAACCAAUGUGAAUUGGGUUUCUAGAUUUUUGCCAAAAUAUAAAAGAUUUCAUGUUGUCCUGGUGGCUUUAAUUUCAGCUUUGUAAUUUUUGGGGAUCCUCCUAGCUGCUCAGUUUGGUACUUUGGUUACAUAAUUUUCUCGGCAACCAAACAAGUUUCCUAUUUUACUGGGGCUUCCCUUUUUUGGGGGACUUUUUCUUUUUGUUAAACAAUGCCUGAACACUGAACAGGUGGUACAGAAACAUGAGGACCGUUGAGUGUGGGAAAGAAAGAGAAGGAGUUUUGAGCUCAAGUGCAUUUUUUCAGAAAGGAAGACCUUUUGGAUAGGUGUAAUUGUACCCCCCACUAUCAGUGGCUUUCAUGAGAAGCAUAUGUAGGAGCUUGAAAAGUUUGACCAGAAGCCCUUUUUAAGUGCUUAUAUAAGGAAGAGCUUCUUAGCUUCCUUCAGCAUUCACGUAAGCCCUGUGUGUACUUUCAAACAAUUGUUUGCGCAAAGCCUUCUCUGGCAUCCAUUCUUCUCAUUGGGUGAACUGAUCAUUCAUGGCUUCAGUUCAUUCAAGCAACGAAGAACUCGAAACAAAAGAGAUGGACACUAGAAGUCUGUCAUCUUCGCGCAAUCAUUCACAAGGCACACCUUACAUUCACAAAGUAGGACUUCCCCCGAAGCAAAAACUCUUCAAGGAAUUCACAAACACCAUCAAAGAAACAUUCUUUUCAGAUGAUCCUCUAAGGCCCUUCAAGCAUCAGCCAAAGUCGCGAAAGUUCAUCCUUGGCGUGCAGGCCAUCUUCCCCAUAUUUGAAUGGGGGAGAGGAUAUAAUCUGUUGAAAUUUAGGGGGGAUCUAAUUGCUGGACUGACUAUUGCUAGUCUCUGCAUCCCUCAGGACAUUGGCUAUUCAAAACUUGCAAACUUGGCUCCCCAGUAUGGAUUGUACUCGAGCUUUGUUCCACCGUUGAUCUAUGCUAUCAUGGGCAGCUCAAGAGAUAUAGCCAUCGGACCUGUGGCUGUGGUGUCUCUCCUGUUGGGUACCUUGCUCCAGAAUGAGAUUGACCCCAAUACAAAUCCAGAUGAUUACCGGAGGCUGGCGUUCACGGCUACCUUUUUUGCUGGGAUCACCCAAGCUACCCUUGGGAUUUUGAGGAUGGGGUUCUUGAUUGAUUUCCUAUCUCAUGCUGCCAUUGUUGGAUUUAUGGGCGGAGCUGCCAUCACAAUUGCACUCCAACAGCUUAAGGGUUUUCUUGGCAUAAGGAAGUUCACAAAGAAAACUGAUAUUGUCUCUGUAAUGCAAUCAGUAUUUCACUCAGCCCAUCAUGGGUGGAACUGGCAGACAAUGGUCAUUGGAGCAUCAUUUUUAACGUUUCUUUUGUUUGCCAAAUAUAUUGGAAAGAAGAAGAAGAAUCUCUUCUGGGUCCCAGCAAUUGCCCCGCUGAUAUCGGUUAUCCUGUCCACCUUUUUUGUGUACAUAACUCAUGCAGAAAAGAAGGGGGUUGAAAUUGUGAGACAUAUCGAAAAAGGAAUCAAUCCUCCAUCUGUGAAUGAAAUAUUUUUUACUGGGGAAUAUCUCGCAAAGGGUUUUAAGAUUGGUGUUGUGGCUGGGAUGAUAGCAUUAACAGAAGCUAUAGCAAUUGGAAGAACUUUUGCUUCCAUGAAGGACUACCAACUAGACGGAAACAAAGAAAUGGUAGCUCUAGGAACCAUGAACAUUGUUGGCUCAAUGACUUCCUGCUACGUGUCGACAGGUUCAUUCUCUCGCUCGGCAGUGAACUACAUGGCAGGCUGCCAAACUGCAGUCUCUAAUAUUGUGAUGUCCUGUGUUGUUUUCCUGACCUUGCAAUUCAUUACACCUCUUUUUAAGUACACCCCAAAUGCCAUUCUCGCAGCCAUCAUUAUAUCUGCUGUGAUCAACCUAAUUGACUUCCAAGCAGCAAUCCUAAUAUGGAAGAUUGAUAAAUUUGAUUUUGUGGCUUGCAUGGGAGCCUUCUUUGGUGUAAUCUUUGCAUCUGUUGAGAUAGGCCUCUUAAUAGCGGUCUCAAUAUCAUUCGCUAAAAUCCUCUUACAAGUUACCAGACCACGGACUGCAAUACUUGGGAAGAUUCCUAGCACAACUGUGUAUAGAAACAUCCAACAAUAUCCAGAAGCAACCAAGGUUCCAGGCGUUAUGAUUGUGAGAGUUGAUUCUGCAAUUUACUUUUCCAACUCCAACUACAUUAAGGAGAGGAUAUUGAGAUGGUUGGCGGAUGAAGAAGAACUGCUAAAAGAAGCAUACCUACCAAGCAUUGAGUUUUUGAUAGUUGAAAUGUCACCCGUGACUGAUAUCGACACCAGUGGCAUUCAUGCCCUAGAAGAGUUGCAUAGUAGUCUCCGAAAGAGAGACAUUCAGCUUGUUCUUGCAAAUCCUGGUCCAGUGGUGAUUGAUAAGAUUCAUGCAUCCCAUGUCGCAAACUUGAUCGGCGAAGACAGGAUUUUUCUCACGGUUGCAGAGGCUGUCUCAUCCUGUUCUCCAAAAUUGGCGGAAGAAGCUUGAGAUCAAAAUGGAAUGUGAUUGUUGUUUGAGAGAGAAAUGGGAUGCACAAGUAUGCACUUUUGAAUUGGAGGUGCAGUUGAGUAGUGCAUGGUGGGGAAUCAAAUUAUGAAAGUGGUUUGGCGUGCCUGGGUCCAAUGCAAGUAAAAAGUAAAAGAUAACAACAUAAAAAGGUGCACAAUGGUGCGCACUCCAAGCGGUAAAGGGUGUUUAAAAUACAGGAAAAUGUGCAUAGAAUGAGUAUCUAACUGUUGACUCUCUCUCUCUCUCUCUCUCUCUCUCCCCUACGUUAAGAUUGUAACCUCAACCAUCGUGCUAUGUGUAGUUUGGAUUUCUAGUUCACUGCCUUGUAUCCCCGACGUAUUGAAGAAUUUUGAUAAAAUGCAUUUUGCAUUCUUACUUUUGGCAAAUAUCUAGUGCCAACA